GCAUCAUUUCUACGUCACUGUUUGUGCUGACGCGGCGUAAGCGCUUCAUCCAUCCGGAUCACAUACGUGUCUGUCUCUUUUCACCCAAACCAAGGAUCGGACCGGAGGACAGACUGGAGACAUGGCACCUAAAAGCAGCAACAAACAGCAGUCAGAGGAGGAUCUUCUCCUGCAGGACUUCAGCAGGAACCUGUCGGCGAAAUCCACGGCGCUGUUCUACGGCAAUGCGCUAAUCGUGUCCGCAAUCCCCAUCUGGCUGUUCUGGAGGAUCUGGCACAUGGAUCUGGUCCAGUCUGCGGUGCUGUAUGCAGUCAUGACUCUGGUCAGCACUUACCUAGUUGCCUUUGCUUACAAGAAUGUCAAAUUCGUCCUCAAGCACAAGGUUGCUCAGAAACGUGAAGAUGCUGUGUCCAAGGAAGUGACUCGCAAGCUCUCUGAGGCAGACAACCGCAAAAUGUCCCGCAAAGAGAAGGACGAGAGGAUCCUUUGGAAGAAGAAUGAGGUCGCCGAUUACGAGGCCACAACUUCCAUCUUUUAUAACAACACUCUCUUCCUCUUGCUCGUCAUUGUCGCUUCUUUCUUCCUGCUGAAGAACUUCAAUCCAACAGUGAACUACAUUCUGUCCAUCAGUGCCUCUUCAGGUCUGAUCGCCCUGCUGUCCACUGGGUCCAAAUAAAAGACUGAUUGCAUCAGGAGAAGAAGAUUGAGGAACAAACAAAUGAGAGGAUUAUGGGAUUGGGGGGAGGGAGGUGUGGAAAUGUGUUAAAGGAGGUUUGUUAUGUUUUGGGAGGGCGUUUAUCAUUUCAUCUGUUAAUGUUUCAUGAAAUUCAUGAUCAGUUAAGGCCUGUAUGGUCUUCUCUUGUUUUUGUUUUGUACCAAUAAAAGACUGUUUACUCAUGUA